AUGCGAGCCACCCCUCUGGCUGCUUCCCGGAAGAAGCGGUUAGAAUUGGACAGUGACCUAGAUGCUGAAUGCCCCACCCGGAAACAAGCUCGAAACCAGCCCCGUCCCUGUCUGCCCCCGUGCCUGCUGCCUCGGAGCCCAACCCCGGACCCUGACCCUGCACCUGCUGAGGCCCCUGUCUCCCGGCUUGGGCCCUAUGUCCUCCUGCAGCCCGAGGAGGGUGGGCGGGCCUUCCGAGCCCUGCACUGCCCCACAAGCACCGAGUACACCUGCAAGGUGUACCCGGCUCGAGAGGCCCUGGCCGUACAGGAGCCCUAUGCCAGGCUGCCCCCUCACGAACACGUGGCGCGGCCUGCCGAUGUCCUGGUGCGCAGCCAGCUCCUCUACGCCUUCUUCCCGCGUCCCUGGGGGGACAUGCACAGCCUGGUGCGCCGUCGCCGCCGCCUCCCUGAGCCCGAGGCUGCCGGACUGUUCCGGCAGAUGGCCACCGCCCUGGCUCACUGCCACCAGAACGGCCUGGUCCUGCGGGACCUCAAACUGCGCCGCUUCGUCUUCACCGACCCAGAGAGGACGAAGCUGGCCCUGGAGAACCUGGAGGAUGCUUUUGUGCUGACCGGGCCAGAUGACAGCCUGUGGGACAAGCACGCCUGCCCGGCCUACGUGGGGCCGGAGAUCCUCAGCUCCCAGGCUUCCUACUCCGGCAAGGCAGCAGAUGUCUGGAGCCUGGGCGUGGCGCUGUUCACCAUGCUUGCCGGCCACUACCCCUUCCAGGAUACGGCGCCUGCCCUGCUCUUUGGCAAGAUCCGCCGUGGGGCCUUUGCCCUGCCUGAGGGCCUCUCAGCCCGGGCCAGCUGCCUGGUGCGCUGCCUCCUUCGAAGAGAGCCAGCGGAGCGUCUCACAGCCGAGGGGAUCCUGCUGCACCCCUGGCUGCGGGAGGACCCUCCGCCCCUAGCCCCAUCCCAGUACCACCUCUGGGAGGCUGACCAGGUGGUCCCUGAUGGGCCAGGACCAGAGGAGGCAGAAGAGGAGGGAGACAGGGAGGUGGCUCUCUAUGGUUAGGGCC